ACGUAUACUGUACUUUCCUUAAAUACAAUUAAAAGGCUUAUAACGUAUGUCUUAUACGAUAUACCCAAUAAGAAUUUAACUAUAGUCAGACGUUAGCAGUUUGAAUUUCACUGGAAUUUGAUUAUAUUUUCGACUUUAGUAAACUUUCCUUAUUAUUACUAUUUCAUGGUAAAAUGCCGAAAAAGCCAGCAAAAACUGCCUUUUACUACUUUGCUUUAGAUUAUAAAGCAGAACAAGCGAAAAAGGGAAUCCAUUUAAAGAACUUGCCGGAGGCGGUGGAAGCGGCAUCACCAGUAUGGACGUCUGCACACCCAUCCGUCCGAGCAAAAUAUGAAGCAAAAGCGAAAGCAGAGAAGAACAAAAACAAAGUGCCUCAAAAAAAAUACACAGCUUAUGGCGUCCCAAUUUCUGAGAUUAUCAGACAAGAACAAGAGCAAAAACAGGCUGAAGAAUAUGAAAAACAAGAUAUAAGCAAUCUGGUGGCAAUUAACAAGAUUUCUGGUGGUACACCAAACAUAGAUAUUUAUCUUAUGGAUGUGAAUUAUUAUUGCAAAGUAAAGGAAGACUAUUUAAUUGGAGAAAGCACCAUGUUAAGGUUCACUCUAAAGGAUGGCUUAGAUGAAGUAUACCAUGAGAUCAUUAAUCCUGGUGGCAUUCCAAUGGGCUAUGCAUAUGAUGUUAAACUUGGUGCUCAAGAAUUUGGAUUAGAACUACCAGAUGAGACAAAGAAACCGAGUAAUUACAUGCAAAUUCUUGCCAAUAUCAUUGAAUACCUUAAGAAGAGCAACCCAAGUGUUGAUGUUUUGCCUCCAAUAUUUGUGAUGCCUGAUAAAGUGCCUAUUGUCUCCAAUUUUUUGUCUCAAAUGUGUAGACGGGCCGGGGAAGAGGAAUCGAUCUUCCGUGUGUACAGAUUGGACACUUUACUAUACCACUUAGCAAAUGUCCAUGAAACAUUCAAGAAACAAAUUCCAACAGAGGCCAUUGCAUUGAGUAUGUUGAAGAAGGAUUUGUUCUUGUACACACCGCAAAUUGGAUGCGAUCACCAUAACAGUAUAGAUAUGACCCAGGAAUGUUCCAAGUCUCGCGUGACUCGUCAAGCGUUCACCAUAAUGGACCAUUGCUGUUAUGGAUUUGCGAUUCAGCUCAAACUGGGAAAGCAUUUACCUGCUGACGUGGAUUUGGAGGCAAUAAUGGAGAUGAAAGAGAAAAGACAAGUUGAUCCUAUAGCUACAGUUGCGAAAAUGGGUGCUCUGACUAUAAGCUGUAGUUCGCAAGCAUCUGCAAGUCCAGCGUCCAGCAGUGCCAGUACACCUGCACCCUCUCAAAACAAACGCGUCAUGACUCCGUUACGCAGACCUGUUGAUAUACAAUACGCACUGCAAAUUGCACCUGAUUUGGAUGAAAACUUUCCUCCUCUAUCGAGAUCAAUAGGUCGUGGUAAGAGCAGUGGCUCCAUCAACAGCCAAAGUAAAUUUAAGUAAUUUAACCAAAUAUUAUUUAAAAAUUACGUUAUUUUAACUAUUAAAUGUGAUUAAAUUUAAGCGGUACUUGACAGAGACUUAAAUAUCUCAUAUUUAAGAUGAUUUUUUUUUCUUAAACAUUUAUAAAACGUUGUAAAUGCUUUAAGCAAUUAUUAUUUGUAGGUGUUUUUUUAAUAUGUAAUACAUAGGACUAGAAACGUCAAAUGGGAGGGUUCACUUGACAGCUGUCUUUAGAGAUAAACAAGAAUGACAUUGACGCCUCAUAACUCCCAUCUGUCACAAGAUGUGUCGUUCCUUUGGCAGUUUUGAGAAGAUUUUUUCACGUAAAUACGUCCUUUAGUCUAUUAUUGUAUUCUUAUUACGCUCUUUAAUAAUUCUAAUAAAGUAUCGAAAUGAAAUCUUAUUUGACAUAAACACAAGCUGUCAGGAAAUGGCAUUCUAAUGGCGGCGAAUUCUGUGAUUUUUAUUUACUUAUAAAGCUUAAGAACCCUUACGUUGUGCGCUCUUUUUUAAUUUGUAUAAGAUGUUGUUGAUAAUCCAGUAUCCAGACCACCCAAGUUUUAAGGAAUGACAUUGACAUUGUAUUUUGAAUAUAUUUUUAACGAUCGCUGACAUUAAUUAUACAAAAAAAUAAAAAAACCGCAAUGAUCUAAUGAUAUUUAUCUACAAUUUACAACAACCUUCAUUUAUGAAAUGCGGAUGGGGUGGCAUUCGAAUUCAGUAUUUUCAUUAUGGAGAAUAGUGACGAGAAUAUUGCUGUAAUUAGCUAAUUACAAAUACAGCUGUAUUUGAUCAGAGGAAACGAAAGAUAUGGGUUCAUAAUAUUCGGUAUCCGAAUGCCGAUCAGUGGAAGUGUAGAUUAAGCCUAAAUGAUUGGUUGCCAUGGCAACCGACCGUUAUGAAUAAUGUUAGUACAUACAUUUCUUAUUAAAGCUAACAGACUGAACGGGUUUUUAAAAAAAAAUUAUACUUUCUAGUCGCAACUGAUUAGUAAAUUUUAUAUCAUAUUAAACAAAAAUUGAAAUAAAUUAGAUUGCCAUCUAUUGAAAGACAUUAAAGAUAUAUUUUAAUCAGUUUACAGCCAAACUAUACCACUUUUUUAUAUAGAGAGAUACCUACCAUUCUCCUUUGUACAAUUUUUGCUGUUACUACCAGAAUUUUCAAACAUUUUCGACGCAUUUUCUAUAAGCUGUUUUGUUUGAUACGGUUUAAGGGUAGAUAUUAUGAAAUGUUGGUAUUACUAAAAAACAGGCUUAUCAAUUGACCUUAAAAAUGAAAAAAAAAAACUAUUUGUAAUUCUUACGCUGUAAUUAGUCCUUUCUCACAAAUGUGUUGCCAACAAAAUGUUACCUAAGAGAUAUUUUCUAUAUAAAUGUUAGGAGAAAUAGCUAUUUAAGUAAGAUAUUUAUUUCUUAAAAUAGAUAUAGCUUGUGGCGUGUUCGUACAUGCGUUAAAAUAUUUAGUCGGUGUUUAAAUUAUUAAUUUGACAUAUUGUUCAUGACAGUUGACAUUUUGUUUAUGUCUGUUUCUGUUUUUAAUGUGUAUUUGCUGUGGUAAACUUACAAACAUAAGUCAACUGUCAAAUAAGUAUAGAAAGAAAAUUCGCCGAGACCAACUGAGACGGCUUCGAACAUCGAGUAAUAGGACGCCGACACAAUUAUCAUUGUCAAUCAAUAAAACAUAAAUUCCC